AUGACAGAUGUAACAGACGAGAAGCACUUGGGAGUGAACAUACCUCCAGCGUUAACACCAGAAGAUCAUACCAGCAUAUUCCAAACUGACAUUCAGGAGAUAAUACACAACCUAUGUCAGACGAGUCUUGGAAUACGCAGCGCCAACACAAAAUCCCAACCAUAUGAAGCACAAAACGAAAAUAGACUGCCUGUGGAGCAGCUGCCUGUGGAGCUGCUGCCUGUGGAGCAGCUGCCUGUGGAGCAGCUGCCUGUGGAGCAGCUGCCUGUGGAGCAGCUGCCUGUGGAGCAGCUGCCCGUGGAGAAGCUGCCUGUGGAGCAGCUGCCUGUGGAGCAGCUGCCUGUAGAACAGCUGCCUGUGGAGCAGCUGCCUGAGGAGCAGCUGCCUGUGGAGCAGCUGCCUGUGGAGCAGCUGCCUGUGGAGCAGCUACCCGUGGAGAAGCUGCCUGUGGAGCUGCCUGUGGAGCAGCUGCAUGUGGAGCAGCUGCUUGUGGAGCAGCUGCCUGUGGAGCAGCUGCCUGUGGAGAAGCUGUCUAUGGAGCAGCUGCCUGUGGGGCAGCUGCCUGUGGAGCAGCUGCCUGUGGAGCAGCUGCCUGUAGAGCAGUUGCCUAUGGAGCAGCUGCCUGUGGAGCAGCUGCCUAUGGAGCAGCUGCCUGUAGAGCAGCUGCCUGUAGAGCAGCUGCCUAUGGAGCAGCUGCCUGUGGAGCAGCUGCCUGUGGAGCAGCUGCCUGUAGAGCAGCUGCCUGUAGAGCAGCUGCCUGUAGAGCAGCUGCCUGUUGAGCAGCUGCCUGUGGAGCAGCUGCCUGUGGAGCAGCUGCCUGUGGAGCAGCUGCCUGUGGAGCAGCUGCCUGUGGAGCAGCUGCCUGUGGAGCAGCUGCCUGUGGAGCAGCUGCCUGUGGAGCAGCUGCCUGUGGAGCAGCUGCCUGUGGAGCAGCUGCCUGUGGAGCAGCUGCCCGUGGAGCAGCUGCCCGUGGAGAAGCUGCCUGUGGAGCAGCUCCCUGUAGAGCAGCUGCCUGUAGGGAGAGUGCGUCUUCAACAACUGUUCCAUUAG